GUUCCGAGCAUUCCACGAUACAUGUGAUGGACGCUUCUAUGAGUGAAAAAAGCUUGGAUUAUUCAUAUUCGUGAGAGACCUUGUAAUUAGGCGUAUAUCUAGAAAAGAGGAGUUAUUUGACUGGAAAAAUAGUAUUAUGUAUCAAAUCUGUAAUGCAAAGUUUAAUAUGAAACUUGUGCAAGUUGAAUGAUUUUAAGUUAUUGUUAUAUUAAAUAUAUAGAGCAUGUUAAUUUAACGAUUAAUCGAUGCAACAUUUUUAUUAGUCAUUGUGAUAACAACUAUAUUUUUGACUAUAUUUAAACACAGAUGCAAUGGGUUUUGAAGACGAAAGAAGCGAUUCAGAAGAGGAACAUGAUAAAUCUAGAAGUGCUACUCCAGAUUCACAAAAAUCAGGCAGUAAUGUAGCGAGAAGCAGAUCCAAAUCAAAUUCUGCUAGUCCCAAGUCUUCAGCACCUAGAUCUAAUCAAUCCUCUCCAGCACGUAAUGGAUCACCAGCUUCUAUUCGUUCCAAUGCAAGCUCCAGGAAAUCUUAUUCGAGAUCACCAUCCAGAUCACCCUCGCCACACAGAUCUGUUUCGCCAGCCAGAAACAGAAAAAGCACAUCACGAUCAAGAUCCAGAUCACGUUCUAAAUCUCAUUCUCCUGAACCUAGAGAGGCGAGAAAUGGUUCGCAAUCACCAGCGCAUUCGCAUCAUUCUGCAAAAUCAGGCUCAAGGUCUCGAAGCUCUUCUCACUCUUCAUCCAGAAGUUCUCCGGCAGCAUCGAGGAAUAAUUCACGUUCCAGAUCUAGAUCAAAUUCGAUGAAACCCAAUGACGCUUUAUCCAAACGCGACUCGCCCAAGACAAACUUUCGAUCGUCCUCCAGGUCUCCUUCGCCCCAGGCAGUUUCCAAAUCGCGAUCUCGUUCAUUUUCUCGAUCGCGUUCCGGCUCUCCAAAAACGUCAAUCCACUCACGUUCUCGAUCGGGCACUCCCAAGUCUUCCCGGACAAAAUCCCGCUCAAGAUCCAGAUCAGCUAGUCCAAAAGAAGUUAAAGCCGGCUCAAGAUCGAGAUCUCCAUCUGGAUCGAGAAAGGGUUCUCGUUCACCCUCGGCAAAUCGAUUUCCAAUGACUGCUAGACAAUCACGAUCACGAUCACGAUCAAGAUCAAGAUCAAGAUCAAGAUCGAAGUCACGUUCCGUGAACGGUUCUAGGGAAGGUUCUCCAGACUUGAGGAAAAGUUCCCGUUCAAGAUCUCGUUCCAAUUCCGUAGACCGAAAAUCUAGAUCGAGAUCUAGAUCGAGAUCUGCUUCCGGGUCCAGGAAGCAGUCGAGGUCGCCGUUGCAGGAGGGACGAGCUUUAUCACGUUCGAAAUCCAGAUCCUUAUCAGGUUCGAGGAAAGGCUCGCGUUCGAGAUCACGAUCCAGAUCGCAAAAAUCUGGCUCGAGAUGCAAAUCGAGAUCGGUUUCGGGAUCACGUAAAGGUUCCGUAUCUCCGGCACAUUCGAGGAAGAAUUCACGCUCCAGGUCUCGAUCCAGCUCGCGUUCCAGUAAAGGAUCUAAUAAAUCGAGAUCCCGUUCGGUUUCGAGGGCCUCGCGUUCGCGAUCUCGCUCGGGUUCCAGAAAAUCCGCAUCGAGAUCAAGAUCGCGAUCCCGUUCAAGAUCGAAAUCCGGCUCGAGAUCGCGUUCAGGUUCGCGUUCAAAGUCACGGUCAAGAUCGCGAUCUCGAUCAGGUUCUAGAUCCAAGUCACGUUCGCGAUCAAGGUCACGCUCAAGGUCAAGAUCGCGUUCGAGAUCGCGUUCAAGAUCGAGAUCUGGAUCGGCCGCUAGAUCCAGACACUCUUCGCGUUCUAAAUCCCGAUCUAGAUCGAGAUCUAGAUCGGGCUCUGGAUCUAGAAAGUCCAGAAGUCCCAGCAGAGAUUCAGAGGGAAUGGUUAAAAAACGAAAUAGAGUAUUAUCGGAUUCUGAAGACGAGACUGAUGAAACUAGAGCAAAGAAACGUACAAGACACGAGUUGUCAGAUUCCGAACAUGAAGAUGAGAACGAGAAGAAGAAAGAUGACGCACAGGAGGAAGCGGGUGAGGAUCAGGGAAAUAAACAAUUAGACGAUGAAAUUGUUAAUGAGCAACAAGAUAAUGAAGAUUCUGACGAUGGAAUCAUUGGUGGUGGAAUGGAUGAUUCAUUAUCCGAUUUUGAUCGCAUGUUGGAAAAAAAAGAAGAGCAAUCACGUAGACGUAAACGUAAAGAUAUUACUAUCAUUAACGAUAACGAUGAUAUUAUAGCACAAUUAUUAUCAGACAUGAAGGGUGCAGCUGAGGAGGAUAGAAAGUUGAAUCAACUAAAUAAACCUGCCACGAAUAAGAUUGCCAUGUUAUCAAAAGUAUUAUCACAAUUGAAGAAGCAUGAUUUACAAUUGGCCUUUUUGGAGCACAACGUGCUGUCAGUUCUCACCGAUUGGUUAGCACCAAUGCCUGACCGUUCGUUACCGUCUCUGAAAAUCCGAGACAAUCUUCUGAAGUUAUUAUGGGAGUUUCCAAAAAUUGAUCAGUCUUCGCUGAAGCAAUCCGGUAUUGGAAAGGCUGUGAUGUAUCUUUAUAAGCAUCCGAAAGAAACAAAAGAGAACAAAGAGCGUGCUGGAAAACUGAUCAACGAGUGGGCGCGGCCUAUCUUUAAUUUAUCCGCCGACUUUAAAGCGCUGUCGAAGGAGGAGAGAAUGCAGAGGGAUCUGGAGCAAACACCUCAGAAAAGAAGAAAAACCGAGGACGGAGGAUCCUUCCAGAAAUCGCAAGAUAUUAAUAAGGCUUUAAAAGGAGAUGCCAAGCCAUUAAGACCGGGAGAUCCUGGAUGGGUAGGAAGAGCCAGAGUCCCUAGACCAUCUAACAAAGAUUACGUUAUACGACCCGAUUGGAAAUCAGAUGUUGAUAUUAGUAGGAGUACUAAGAAGCAAAUGAGUCGAUUUGAGAGACACAUGAAAAACUAUAUGGAUAGUAAACGUAUGAAAUCCGCAAGAAGAGCAGUAGAUAUAUCUAUAGAGGGUCGUAAGAUGUCUUUAUAAUACAUACAUCUAUACAUUUCUUAUAUAGUUGUUUGUAUACGGAAAUAAAACUUGUAACAAUAUUUAUUGUUACUUAAAUCGUGAUUGUGCAUGGAAAAUAUGACCUAAUUUAGUUUUUACAUGUCUUUCCAACUAUUACACAUUUAUUUUUAGACAUAGAAAGAAUAUAGUUUCACCUUGUCAAAACUCAAUCACGGUCUAUCACAUUGUGCAAUUUUAUUUCGAAGACAAGAUAAGAAAUAAAUGUAAUUUUGAUUUUUUUCAAUUUUGACAAACAAAAGAGAUGUUGUUUUCAGACAAUGCAUUGAUUAUAUUAAGUAUGCAAUGUAAUGUAUUAUUUGCAGCUUCUGUGUGUCUGGAGAAUCAAAUAAAAAUAUAAUGCAAUAAAA